AUGGUACGCAGCUCCACGCGCGACACACAUGAGCCGGAGCAGCCGCUUUGCGCGGCUACGGAAGCGACUAUGGCCGCUUCUUUGGCCGUUCCCUGCUUUCCACGGCGUGAUGUCACAUUGGCGUCGGCGUGGGCACUACUAGUAGGUGUUGACGGACGGACCGGCGUAUUUGAAUUAUCAUUGCGCGGUUUUUUUGCUACGACACUCAGGACAUAUCUAACUCAUCUUGGUAUCACAAGAGAGUCUCUCGAAUUCGGUGGGCGAAACACCAACGCAUUGGCCAUGAUAAAAACGUAA